AUGUCGGACUUCGAUGAGGAGGAGGAAGAGGAGGAGGAGGAGGAGUUCUGUCCUCCAGGGUGCGACCCCUCGCUCUUCGAACAGGUGUGUGAGCUCAGAGAAAAGCGUCUGGAUCAGGAAGAGAUGCUGGCAGAGUACCAGAAAGGGGCGGAUCAGCUCAAGAAAGACCUGGACGGGCUGGUGAAGAAGGAGAAAAUCAUCGACUCGGCCCUGCGGCAGACAGAGCAGGAGAUCCAGCAGUUCCAGACUUUCAAGCAGCAGAAGUUGAACGAGAUCAGAGUCGUCAUUACUCUCAAGAUGCAUCAGAUCAAGUGUCUGGUCGAGGAUAAGCUGCCUCCCGACCUCUCCAACACCAUCGUCUUCACCAACUCUGGCCUGAAGAGGUUGAGGAGCAGGAUAGAUGAGCUCAAAGAGGAGAAGGAGGAGCUGCGCAAGAACCAGAAGCUGCUCAGGAAGGAGCAUGUGAACCUGCUGAAGAGCAAGAAAGUCAAGGAGGAGAGGCUCCGGGAGCUGGAGGCUCGUUCCCGCGAUGUUCAGAUGUUGAAGUUCGGGCAGGAAGUGGACUUGGAUGUGCUGGAGAAGAUGGGGGUGAACAAGACAGCGGAAGAACUGAGAGAGCAACUGAAGCAGCUGGAAAAGAAGAACGCCAAGGAGCUACGAGCAUGGCAGAAGCAGAUCGAUCAGGCGGCAGGAGAGCUUGCUGGCGUUACCAAACAGAACACGGAGAAGCUUGAGAGGGUGGCAGAGCUUACAGCAGCUCAGCAUCGUUUGGAGAAGGAGCUCAACUCCACACAGUCUCGCAUGGUGGCAGAAGUCGGACCUUCAAAGGAGAAGGUGAAAGCUGAGAGGGAACAGCUCGUCAGUCUGGUGAAGCUGCAGGCGAGGGAGAUGGAGGCACUCAAAGCAGAGAUCAACAUGUUGCGACGGAAAGGCGGUCACGUCUACACGCCUGUUGUGCGGCGGGCCCCACCUCCCUCGUCCGGAGAACAGAAGUGACAAGAAGUUACAGAAGCUGCUGAAGCUGUCUCAAGUGAACAUGCCCUUGUUU